AUGAUGCACCUCAACAACGCCUGCUGCCACCGUCAGCCGCCCUGCUCCACCGUCAACAACGCCAUGAAGCGCCGAUCGCCGCCAUCUUCCUCUUUCUCCGGGGAGCCCUGCGCCAAGAAACUCUUCUGCGACCACGAGGACCUUUCCCGCUACGGCUUCUCCACCAUACCCAUUCCCCUCAACCUUAACUCCCUCGUCAACAAGCGCCGCUCCUUCCCCGUCCUCCGCCGCUGCGUCUCCGACCCCUACCGCCCCCCCGCGCCUGUGCCCCCCACGCCUCCGGAAAGAGGCUUCGGGCUACCGCCUCUGCCGCGGGGACUGAGGAGGAGCGUGUCGGAUCUCACUGGUCCUUCGCCGUGUCUGAACUCCGAGGAAACCGCCGCGCCUGAUUCUUUGAAACUGAAAAGGAUGAGGGAGAGAUUGAAGGAGAUGAAGCAAUGGUGGGAUGAAGUUAUGAAAGAUGAGGAAGAUGAUGGAAAAGAAGAAGAGUGUGCAGUUGGUGAAGAUGACAAAGUCCUCCCUCAGGAUGAUUUGGGAGGAGGAGAUUCUGAAGAAGCCGUUAGUGUUGAGUGGGCUGAACAGUGCGUAAGCCUUGGUUUUAGGUGUCCGUGUGGGAAAGGCUAUGAGGACUUGUUUGUUUCAGCUUCUGAAGGCCACACAUUAUUCUGCAGGACUUUGAAGUAA